AUAUUCAAAUUACGUGAGAUUUAAAGCUAGUUUGGUCAAUCGCGUAAAUACAUCGAAACAGUACACACUGGAAAUUUUUCAACGAGCAAAUAGUGAAAUUUCACACUUAAGUAUACAAAAAAUACAUUUAUUUCAAAUUUUCAAUAAUGAAGUGGCACUUGUGUUCUUCGAAAGAAAACAUUGAAACGGAGCAUGUUCCUGUUGAAGCAAUUAGAAGACAGCUGAUAACAUUACUUCCAGUUAACAUGAACGCUUUUAUGAUGGGAUGUGCCAUCGGCUGGCUCCCAGUCGCUAUUUAUUUCCUGGGUGGUGGAGAAGAGCAAGUCGCAUGCUCGGUAUGCAAUCUGAUCGCAUCUUUCAACCAAUUUGGAAAACUCGUAUUCGCUAUCCCUGGUGGAAUGGUUGUGGAUGAAUAUGGCAGGAAGAAAGUUACCAUCGGAAUCGCCUUCUUGAAUUUCUUCUCUUGGUUGGGAAUUACGAUGUGGACUACGCCAUCGGCACACUACAUUGGACAAUUCGCUCUCGGAAUAGGCCAAGCACUCACACAAGAAGCCUGCCUGAUCAUCAUAGGUGAAACAGCCUCGCCCGCCAUACGAGGCCAACUAAGCAGCGUGUACCAAAUUUUCCUAUCCAUCGGCGUAAUCUUACCAGCAGUCCUGAGCGUAUUUUGUUCAUCCAUCGACACGAUCAACGAGAUAAUCACAUUCGCUUCAUUCAUCAGCCUUCUCACGAUGGUCAUCGCGACCGAAACAUCUAAUUUUUUAAUCAGCAAAUCGAAAUUAAAUCAAGCUAGACUACAUUUAACUAGAAUAAGACAAGGUUACUCGUUCGGUAAAAUCAAUUCCGAAUUUGAAAGCUUGAAAAAAUACAUAGAAAAUGAGAAAGCACGUAAAAGCCAACUAGACUGGUGGAAUUUCCUCCAACUGAAAAGUGUCUGGCAACCUUUAUUCAUAUGCAUCUUGAUCAAGUUCUUUACAGCUGGAACAGGAAGAAAUUUAUUCACCACUUACGUCACCAGUAUAUUUUCAUCAAACGGUUCCAUACCGAAGAAAUUCUAUCCUUUAAUUAUGCAAAUCAUCAUGCUUCUCAUCAACGUUAUCACCACUUUCUAUAUAGAUGUAUUUCCUCGCCGCACGUUAUUCAUAUUUGGCGCUCUUUUUGUCGCCAUUUCAAACGCUUUUUCCGCUCUAAUGAGUUAUUUUUAUAUCGAAAGCAAUCAAGAUAUCUUCAAUUGGUUAUUCCUGUUGGGGAAUUUUUCAUAUUUGCUGUUUUUCAACGGCACAGUACAGCCAAUAAAUAGCAUAAUCAGAACCGAGUUGUUCCCUCAAGCGGUCAAAGGAUUAGGAGGAUCUCUCAGCAUCAUAAGUCAGGCCAUUUCCACCAUAAUUACGUUCCAAAUAUUCAACAUAAUCGACGAAUAUUUCCAACUGUACCAUUUGUACGCUGUAUUGACCGCAUAUUCGGUCAUAUUGUGCAUCAUUGUGUAUCUAUAUCUGCCCGAAAGUCGAGGAUCAACUUUGGUUGACAUUCAGUCGAAAUUUCAAAACGGUUCUUUACCAUAUGAUGCGGUAAUUACUGACGUAGAUGGAUGCAGAUGUGAUAAAUAUACGAGUUGCGUGAGCAAGAUGCUCGGUACGACGUAUAACUCAGUUUAGGUAGCUCAAAGGAGAAAAAUAGCGACGUUCGCUAUCAAUUUAUUCAAAAUUAUGAAGAGAAAUAUCUCAAUAUCGCAUUAUAUUGGUGAAAAAAGAGGAUGAUACACAGAACAAGACGAGGAAGCACAGAUACGAGUACAUACUUGAGGGUACCUCUUUGAGGAAGAAUUUUUAGGAUACAUGAAUUCAAAUUUGAUUAUUGGAAAUCGAGGCGAUUAAAAUAUUGUAUAAAAUGAAGAAAAAACCAGCUGACACAAUUUCCACCUUGCAGGUAGUUGAUGUUAUGGCAGUAUCGAUGAAAUUUUGAAAAAUUUCAAAGUAAACCGAUCUAUUUCCUCGCCUUUGUCGAAUUGAAGGAUACUUUGAAGUUGAAGAAAAAGCAAAAGAACGUGAAAUUAUAUUUUGAGUAUCGAAAUUCCAUCCUUCAAAUCUUUCAUCUUUUUUCAGCACCAAAGACGAUUGAAAAAUACCUACCUAAUCGAAUAUUCUCCAAAAAAAUGUACAGUUAGUAAAGGAAAAUGUAGCAAAUUGGUGGAAUAGCAGUUGCUGUAAAUAUUAAGCUGUAAGAAUAUAGGCGUAUGAAGAUAAUUUGAAAGUAAAAAGAAUUGAUGAUAAACUCAAAGAAUUCAAUAAUUUGUAAAUAUGUACUAAUUUUUAGAGCCUAUAAAUUCUGAGACCUAUCUGGUGAAGAAUUUUUUGAAAACAGUGGCAAACUGGUACAAUUAAGGACAGCCACUUUACUGUUAUUAUUAAAAUUAAGUGAAAAUAUAUGCGUUAUAAUCACA